AUGCUGUCCAUGUCAUACAGCGAGAGCAUGCGGAGCAGCAUCAGCCACUACCACUCGGACCAGGGCCUGAACCUACCUCGGCCCACCGACCCAGGGGAGCUGAGGCGCCUCAGGGAGCAGAGGCAUGCUGCUGAGGUCAAGAAUAUGGAGGACUUCCUUAAGAUGAACGGCCUGGUCCUGGAGGAGUGUGUGUCCCACCAGACUGGCAUGAAGUACAGAAACCUUGGGAAGUCUGGCCUGAGGGUGUCCUGCCUUGGACUAGGAACAUGGGUGACGUUUGGUGGACAGAUAACAGACGAGAUGGCCGAGCAGCUUGUGUGUCUGGCCUACGAGAACGGCAUCAAUCUGUUUGACACAGCAGAGGUCUACGCUGCAGGGAAGGCUGAGGUGGUGCUGGGGAACGUCAUAAAGAAGAAAGGAUGGAGACGUUCCAGUUUGGUGAUCACAACCAAGAUCUUCUGGGGCGGAAAAGCAGAGACUGAGAGAGGCUUAUCCCGAAAACACAUUAUAGAAGGGUUAAAGGCCUCACUGGAGAGACUGCAGCUAGAGUAUGUGGACGUGGUGUUUGCAAACAGACCGGACCCCAACACUCCCAUGGAAGGUAAGGAGGAACAUCUUGGUCCUCUUCUGUCACUGGCUUCUGCUGUCUUCCUAUUGGCAGAGACGGUGCGGGCGAUGACCCAUGUGAUCAACCAGGGCAUGGCCAUGUACUGGGGCACGUCCCGCUGGAGCCCCAUGGAGAUCAUGGAGGCGUACUCUGUGGCGCGGCAGUUCAACCAGAUCCCUCCUAUCUGUGAGCAGGCUGAGUAUCACAUGUUCCAGAGGGAGAAGGUGGAGGUGCAGCUGCCAGAGCUCUUCCAUAAGAUAGGUGUGGGGGCGAUGACAUGGUCACCGCUGGCCUGUGGGAUCAUCUCAGGGAAAUACGACAGCGGGGUACCACCUUACUCCCGUGCUUCUCUUAAGGGCUACCAGUGGUUGAAGGACAAGAUCUUGAGCGAGGAGGGCCGGCGUCAGCAGGCGAAGUUGAAAGAGCUGCAGGCAAUCGCGGAGCGGCUGGGCUGCACUCUGCCCCAGCUCGCCAUCGCGUGGUGCCUACGGAACGAGGGGGUGAGCUCCGUACUCUUGGGGGCGUCCAACACCGACCAGCUGAUGGAGAAUAUAGCAGCAAUACAGGUUCUUCCCAAACUAUCCUCCUCAAUCACACACGAGGUCGAUAGCAUCCUGGGGAACAAGCCGUACAGUAAAAAGGACUACCGUUCCUAACGCACCACCACGCCAGCCAGCAGGGCUGCUCCAGGCUGCUGCAGCGCCAAGCCCCACCUUUGCCUGAUCCUCCGUUUGCUUGAGCUUUUACUGAAUUAGACCCCGGCGCAUGAGUCUGACCCUGCCUCAGCCACCCUGGGGAGCAUCAUGUAGACUUACAGAGACAAGAAAAGGAUGAAGAAAUAGAGAGAGAUGGUCACAUCUGCAGGGAAGGAAGGACAGAUAGAAGAAAUAUGUAUUUUAAAAACUGAAGAAAAAAUAAGUUUAAAAAAACAUGCUUGCUUGGC